CAUCUAAUAUUAAACACCAAAAAAUGCAUCCUGAGGGAAAAUCUAGUGAAAAUAAUCAGUGUGAAAGGACUUUUAUGCAUGGAGCCAGCCUUUCUCAACAUCAGAGAAUCCACACUGGUGAGGAACCUUAUGAAUACAAGCAAUGUGGGAAAUCAUUUAUUGUGAGCUCCAGUCUUGCUAGGCAUUGGGGAAUCCACUGUGAGGAGAAACCUUAUGAAUGCAAUCAAUGUGGGAAGACCUUCAAUCAGAGGUUCCAUCUUGCUGUACAUUGGAGAAUCCACGCUGGGGGAAAAUCUUGUGAAUACAAGCAAUGUGGAAAGGUAUUCAAUAUAAGCUCCCAUCUUGCUCAACAUCAGAGUAUCCACACUGUGGAGAAACCUUAUAAAUGUAAGCAAUGUGGAAAGACAUUCAGUCAGAGCUCCAGUCUUGUGAAACAUCAGAGAAUCCACACUGGGGAGAAACCUCAUAAAUGUAAGCAAUGUGGAAAGACAUUCAAUAGUAGGUCCAAUCUUGCUCAACAUCAGAGAAUCCACACUGGGGAGAAACCUUAUAAAUGUAAGCAAUGUGGAAAGACAUUCAGUCAGAAUUCCAGUCUUGUGGAACAUCAGAGAGUCCACACUGGGGAGAAACCUCAUAAAUGUAAGCAUUGUGGAAAGACAUUCAAUAGUAGGUCCAAUCUUGCUCAACAUCAGAGAAUCCACACUGGGGAGAAACCUUAUAAAUGUAUGCAAUGUGGAAAGACAUUCAGUCUGAACUCCAGUCUUGCUCAACAUCAGAGAGUCCACACUGGGGAGAAACCUCAUAAAUGUAAGCAAUGUGGAAAGACAUUCAAUAGCAGGUCCAAUCUUGCUCAACAUCAGAGAAUCCACACUGGGGAGAAACCUUAUAAAUGUAAGCAAUGUGGAAAGACAUUCAGUCACAGCUCCAGUCUUGUGUUACAUCAGAGAAUCUACACUGGGGAGAAACCUUAUAAAUGUAAGCAAUGUGGAAAGACAUUCACUCAGAGCUGUAGUCUUGUGAAACAUCAGAGAAUCCAUGCUGGGGAGAGACCUUAUCAAUGCAAGGAAUGUGGAAAAGCAUUCACUCUGAGAUCCAGUCUUGUUCAGCAUCAGAGAAUCCACACUGGGGAGAAACCUUAUGAAUGCAAGCAUUGUGGAAAGACAUUUAGUCGGAGGUCAAAUCUUGCUGAACAUCAGAGUAUCCACACUGGGGAGAAACCUCAUGAAUGCAAGCAAUGUGGAAAGACAUUUCGUAAGAGCUCCAAUCUUGUGAAGCAUCAGAGAAUCCACACCGGGGACAAACCUUAAGAAUGCAAGCAAAGUGGAAAGAUAUUGUCAUAGUUUCUACCUUGUUAGACAUCAGAAAACCCACACUGUGGAGAAAAGUCAUAAAUAAAACCAAUGUGAAAAGAAAUUCAGUUGGACCUUCCGUCUUGCUGUACAUCAGAAAACCUAUACUAGUGAGAACCUGGAGAAUCAAAGCUUUGUGGAAGGAUGUUCCUAUACAGUGCCAGUCUUGUUAUUGCGUAAGGAAAUUUCCUCUCUUCACCUUUCUAGGGCAGCAUUGUGUAAUUACAAAUCUGUAACCCUAAAAUCGUAUUAUUAGUACCCUAUUCUCAUCCUGUU